CUUGUCUGCACGGUACGAAUAAACGAUCUAUACCGUAUACUAUUAAAACAAAACUGUGUUUGUAAAAUAUGAUUUUAAUUGACUUUUGGAGUUUGUUAUGUUUAUGUACUUUAUGAUAUAAAAGUGAUGGAAAUUAAAUGAUAACUAACCAUUUCCAUUCUUUACCUUUGACCUUUUGCGACCACGUGAUCUACAAAACAGUGAUGACCUCUCUCCUGCUUGCUAGCUGUAGCUAACUCCUGCUAACACUUCACACAAUGGACCAAUCUAAACAAGAGAAGGAAUAUGGAUACGAGUUAUUCCCGGAGAGAAACACGGGGCCUAAGAAAGAGAAAUCAUUCGUAAAGUCCCUGUUCACUUCCCAAUUCAAGUGUGAGAUCAUGUUGAAGCUCGCAAUGGAAACCAGUCCGUACGCCAAACUGCUCCUCAGUGCCAUGAACAGCUCGGGAUGCAAGGUUAUCAGAGACCGGCAUUUUGCCUGUGAAGAUUGUGAUGGGUCGGUGAGCGGGGGCUUUGACGUGGCGUCUUCUCAGAUCGUUUUGUGUCAGAACAACAUCCACCAGCAGUCCCACAUGAACAGGGUGGUCACACACGAGCUCAUCCAUGCCUUCGACCACUGCCGGGCCCACGUGGACUGGUUCAACAACCUGAGGCACCUGGCCUGCUCUGAGAUCCGGGCGGCUAACCUGAGUGGAGACUGCUCCUUCAGCUCAGAAGUGUCCAGAUUUAACUUCGGCAUGAAGCAGCACCAUCAGGAGUGUGUCAGAGACCGCGCCCUUCGCUCCAUCCUCGCUGUGAGGAAGAUCAGCGCGGAGGAGGCGCAGAAAAUAGUGGACGAAGUGUUCGACUCGUGUUCCAACGACCACGCUCCGUUCGGAAGAAUCCCGCACGGCUCCAAGGACGCAGAGUUCGCCUACAGAGAUCAUGAGAGCAGAGAUCGAUAUAAUGCAAACCUUUAGUGUGCUCACUAGGACACUGAGGAAAGUCUGGCAGCAUCGAGGGGCAGCGUGUCGGACACCAUCUAAUCCCCUCACCAGGGAUCUUCUCUAAGUGAUGCGUCCUUGGAACAGAAGAGCAAAGGAAGUAGUUUCAGUGCAUUUCAUAACCUACCUUCUUUUUGUUAAACUAAUCCUCUACAAAGGGAAGUCUAUACGUCAUUUGUUUUUUAUUGAUCAAUAGAUGCUUUGAAGGAAACACAGGAUUAAUGUUUCGUCCGUGGAUGUUUGCUGGAACCACCUUGAGCUUGCAGGAUGUAUUCCACUGUUUGCGCCUCGUCUUUUUGCCACAUUGACAUCCACUCAUUUCCUGUAAACAUUGUGAUUAAAUGAGAGCAAAUCAACCUGAGUUUGAAAACAAUCCGAGACCUUCAAAAAGUUAGUUAUUUGUGAGGACAAGAACUCAACCUCAGGACAAAAUGUUUAUAUCAUGACUCGCCAACAAAGCGUAAAUAUGCUGAUCAUAACUCAAUGCUGUGUAAUCCCCCAGAGAGGAAAUGAAAGCGAGUUUAGAUUAGAGUGAGGAAAGCUCUUCCACAACAACACGGGUCACUCCGCUCACAUCUGCGCGUCACUGUAAAAUGUCACUGCUGACAUCUUUAUUGGACAUUAGCAUUUAGAGAAUCUUCUAUCCCUCCUCUGAGAUUAAUGAGGGAGCAAGUUAUACAGGAUUUAGCCUCAUAAUCCCCCCCCCCACCACUAUCUCCAAGACAACACCCUCUGCAUUAUAAUCACAGUGCGUGUGUGUCUGCUGCCGGACUGGAAUAAGCCACUUAUCUCAGCACACAAGAUGAGUGUGUGGGACGACGAGCAAAGUGGAUCCAUUCUGGAAGGUUAAUGAUGAACGCAGCCUCGAGGCAGUGGGAUUCAUGUGACAUAAGAACACAACAGAAGAGAAUCAUAUUUAUUCACAAGUUGGCUAAAUAAAGAAAUGGUUUUAAA